AUGUUCAUCGCUUAUCCAAAGUUCGAGAGCAUCUACGCCAUGGUCCGUCCCGACACGAUUCAUCCCUAUUUCGCCUUCUACUCGACCCUCGUCUCGGACCUCUGGUUCACCUUCGAAAUGAUGUGCAACUUCCGAACGGGCUACGAAGAAGCCGAUGUCGCAGUUUUAAACACAAAGUUGAUCCGGAAGCGAUACAUGCGAGGCUGGUUCUGGCUCGAUUUACUGGCGACGCUUCCGUUGGACCAGAUUGUGGCCGUGUUCUUCAACGACACGGAUAUUUACGCAGCAGAAACUGACAUUGCCGGAACUCAAAAAGUGGCUGCAAGUGACAUCAUUCGAUACCUCAAAUUCAUCCGUUUGACGAAAAUCACUGGUGUUCUCCGACUCAUGCGACUGACUCGACUGUUUCGCAAUCUGACGAUUUACAUGGAGAAGGUUUUCAAUGCUGAUGUUGCAAAAGGGCUUUUGAAGAUUUUCCUCUUUGUUUUCGUCCUUCUUACUUGGAUUCAUAUUUCUGCUUGUUUUCAGUUUGCCGUGACGACUUUUCAUCCGGCUUUUCCUCAUAAAAGCUCUUGGACGACAAUUCAGCAGCUUCAUCUGGACGGGACAUCAUUUAGCUUCCAGUACAUAAACAGUGUUUUUCGAUCGCUGAGUCACAUGUUCAUCGGCUACGGAAGCAUCGUUCCCCAGAACUACCACGAUCUUUGGGCCGCUUUUUCUUCCGCUUUCAUCGGGAACUUGCUCAAAGCAGCUUUCAUCGGUAUCGCUUCGUCGAUGAUGCACAUGAUGGCCGCAUCAAAACGCCUCUACAACGAGAAGAUCGCCUCUGUAAUGGGCUACUUGGAGACGAAAAGAGUUCCAAAGGAGCUUUCUCAAAGAGUUUUGGACUACUACGAGAAACGAUACGCCGGAAAGAUGUUUGAUGAAACGAAAGUACUGAAGAUCCUCAAUCCAAAGCUGCGAAUGGAGAUUAUUCGCCACAACUGCGCGCCGUUAAUCAACGGAGUUCCCUUCCUCAAGGACGCGCCGAAAAACUUCGUUGACGAGGUCCUUCCGUUUAUGAAGCUGGAAAUGUACAUGAAAGACGAUGCCAUCGUAAAAAUCGGCCAGGUUGGCCGAAGCAUGUAUUUUAUCACUCAGGGAUCUGUCUUGGUGGAAAUGCCGGAUACCGAAGACUUCAAGCCAUUCAUUGAUCCCGACCACAAGCAAAUUGCCGAAUCAUACCCUCGCGAACAAGCUCGACUCCUUGAAGUCGCCAAACAACGCCUCGGAGACAAAUACGAAGAGCUCGCGAAAGACCUGCCAAAACCAGAAGAAGCACCAACUCUCACCAUGACCACCUCUGAAAUGGACUUUGCACCAGUUCACCCAGUCGACCCGUACGCCAACGCUGGUCAACUUCACAAAGUGGAAAGAAGAAGCUACAGCGCCGGAAUCAUGAACGCAACAGAACAUCAAAGACGAAAACAAUCGAUUAUGAAGAAAAUGCCAAGCAAUAUGAGCUUAUUUAGCGUCAGAGCUCAGCAAGCUCCGAUUAUGCCGAUUGUACGAGAAAGCGAUGAUGAUUCGGAAGAGUCGGAAGAAGAGCCUUUUGGAUGGUGA